AUGACAGCUCCAUCCCGCUCCGGCAGCGAUGCUGCCAACAACAUGCCUUCCAUGCUGAGAGGUCUCUAUCAGUCCGCUCACAAGCCCGACAUCAAGAUCAAUUUGGACAACAGACGGACCACUUGUACCACUCUGGACAAGCUGCAAGGCGUCGUUCAGAUUACGGCGCCAACCGACACCAGCUUCGACGACAUCGAUGUCGAAUUCGUGGGUACUUCGCGCACCUAUGUCGAGCGCCUCACAACUGCCGCCGCAGUCUCAGGCCGUUCAGAGGCUUUUCAUCAAUUCCUCAAGCUGCUGAUGCCACGCAUGCAGCAGCACUACCCACAGGACAAGAUUCUGAAGGCUGGCCAGACCUAUGAAUUUCCCUUCGUCUUUGUCGUACCUCCGCAACUGCUGCCACGGAUAUGCCAACACAAAGUAGCCAACGACACCCUCCGGGAUGCGCAUACUCAGCUUCCUCCAAGCUUCGGCGACCUUGGCGAGCCCCAAGGCGCCUCCAAAAUAGACAAGCUCGACGACAUGGCUCCAGAGAUGGCGAGCAUCCGUUACGGUGUAUUCGCCCGUAUCUCGAAGAACAGAGAGAGCGAUGGGGAAGUCACACGAACCACACUUGCUAGCAAAGCCAGGAGACUUCGCAUCAUCCCCUCGACUCCUGAGCAACCUCCGUUGGCGAUCGAUCACGACGAUGCAGAGUACACCAUGCGCAAGGAGCGAGUCAUCAGGAAAGGACCCCUGAGACCGAAGCUGGGAACGCUGGUUGUCGAAGCCACGCAGCCUCCGUCGAUGCGCAUGCAUGCUCGCAGCGAGGCGGACCAACAGCCAGCGAUGGCUACCAUCAUGCUCCGAUUCGACCCGGUCGAUGAGAAGGCCCCGCCACCUCGCCUCGGUAGCCUCAGCAGCAAGCUCAAGGUCUGCACGUAUUUUGCGAGCACUUCUCGGAGUACCUAUCCCACGAAGCAGGCUUCGUUAUUGGACAUGUCUCAGGGUUUGCACAGUGAGCAGCUCAAUCUCGCAUCGCGCUGUGUGGCCAACGUGGAAUGGACGAAGCACGACUCCAACAACGUCGACAGCCCAGACCGCCGAGACCCCGCAUCUUCCACCGCAUUUGUCGGCAUGAGUACCGCCUACAAGGGCAAGUCAUAUUACUUGGCCAAAAUCCUUGCGCCUGUCAGCUUGCCUACCAACAAGGCGUUUGUACCUACAUUCCACUCCUGUCUGAUCAGCAGGGUGUAUCAGCUCAAGCUAGAGCUCGGUCUGCACACUGCUGGACUGGGCGGUACCGUCGAUCUCAAGAUCCCCCUCCAGAUCUCCUGUCAAGGUUCCAACGGCGAGAACAGCCCACGACGCGGCUCGGUCAACUCCUCCAUGGAGAUGGAGAUGGACGACGAGGAUGUCGGCGGAUUCUUCGAGGCGCGCACGCUCCGCAUUCCCGAUGACCAGUAUGUCGGCCGCAGCAGAAUCGGCAGCGAGGUACCGCUGGAGGACGAUGCGCCUCCAGGAUAUUCCUAUUUUUCUCCUCAGAACGGCACUCAGCGUGUGCCCGUCUUCUAA